AUGGGCAAACUCAACAUCGCGCAUCACAAGUCUUAUCACCCGUAUCGAAGGGAUAACAUCGAGAAGGUACGCCGAGAUGAGGAGGAGGCGCGGUUAAAGGAGGCGCAGGAGGAGGGGAGGAUGACCCUUGCAGAUUCAGAGGCCAGAAUAACUCUGCUGCGCGAACGUGCGGGUGUCUCAUCCUCUAAUUCGAAGUCGAGGCGCAGGGAAGAUGAGAAACGUGAACGCGAACUUUUGGCCCAGGCUACGGAUUCCAGUGCACGAAGGGAAGCUCUUGCGCCGCCUGCAUCGUCGUCAUUGACUUCCCUAGGAAGCGGGAAGCAUAUUAAUCUGUUUGAGGAUUUGGAACAUAAUAUGGUCGCCUCUGCACUCGCCACAUCAAAAGCACUGCAGAAACUUGGAAAGGAAAAAACGAAGGAAGCUGCUGAGCUGGAGAAGGGCAUUCCUCUUGCUCCGAGUGCAAAAGAUUUGAAACCCUGGUACUCCGAAAAGAAGAAAGUCGACGAUGGUCCUGUGGAUGACUUAGAGCGAACGCGGGACCUUAGCCAUAAAUCACGAUCGGAUCCCUUAAGAGCGAUUGAACGUGAACUGGCCACUCGUUUUCCGUCUUCACAGUCUUCACCCGGUAUGAGCUCAGCUUAUGGGCGAACAUGGGGCGAACCACCCUCGUAUCCUCGCCGUACCUCGGAUGCCCCUCAAAUAUCAGCCAACGGGGAUCCAGCACGAGCCGCUCGCGAAACUCGGGAGUCGUCCGAACGAGCGCGUGCGGAAGCGCUUAAAGCUCGAAGGCGGCGGGAAUUAGCUGGCAGUGCGACGCCGUCGACGAUUCGUGGCGGCGAUGAUGCGUUCAAAUAUGGUGACCAGUUCCAUUCGAGAGAGGUUGCAGAAGCGCAUCGGCGAAGAGAAUAUGCAGAUGCUAGGGAGCGGACGUGGGGUGGUGAGCGGCCGAGGAGAGGGACCGGAGACGAAUGGAGACAGGAUAGGAGACGAGAAGACCGCAGUCGUUUUCGCUGAUUUGGGGUCAAUACGCAUAUGAGAGACUGCCUGGUCGUGUGUUCGAAAUAACUUAUCUGAAGAUUUCGAACAGGCGUCAAACGCACUUUCCAGUGUGUCAAGGCGAUUGUUCUUCAUUUGCAUUUCAAAGCUGAUGCUGAAUCUGUUGUCAGGAACACGUUUUCUGUGCUGACACUUCACUCGGAUAACACCCAGAUAGUCAAUGGAAACUUCGGUCGAGCCAGAUGACGGCCCUGAGCUAGACGUAUGCACGUUCGUACAUACACAGGGGCUUACUUCUGAUUGACUGUGUCUACCUACCAGCGGAAGACUCGCACAGGAUAUAUUCCUUUUAACAACCAUUUUUUCAUAUAUUAUACAUUUUCUCAAACUUCACGUGCGGACCCAAUGCGCUUCGACGAACUCUCUCAGGUCACCGAUAAAUUCAUUGGGACUGUCAAGAGCGGGAAAAUGGCCACCACUCG